GAUGCGUGCAGACGCCAUCGGAUGCUGGAUGCGCCCGUUUCCGCAGUAGCGGUGGUCCUCGCUGACUCAUGAACGCAAGAAGCCUGCUGGUUUGGACAUUGUUCUUCCUGGCACUGCCUUCAGAGAAUGAAACACAUAUGCGGCGCGAUUUGUGGGAAUUAUGAAAUACUAUAAAACGAGAAUCCGGCAUCUUCGUGGGGCUUAGUGAUUAUAACAGAUGAGAAUGUCAAUGUUUUACUGUCCGGACUUUAACCUGCUUCAGCGCUGUCAUUAUCGUGCGAUAAAGGGAUGGUCCAGCUUUCUUCCCCUGCGUCUGACUCUGAUACAUUAGAGUUUCAGAAAGCGGUGAUGUGAAGAAGCGGAUUUAUAAACAAACAGGAAAAAUGCGGGGGUUUUGCCCCGGAGAUCUGCACAUUAAGAUCGUCAUCGGACCUUGGGGACGCACGGAGGAGGCGCGCACAGGGAUGCCCUCGCACCCCGCUCCGCCACUUGGGUGACGUUUCGUUAAAAAAAAAAAAGAAAGAAAGAAAAAACAUUGAUGCUGAUACGGACUGUGGCGCAGGCGUGCAGUCCGGUGCCGUGCUUCGCUACAUUCAUCUGCAAUGUGUGCAAGUGGAGGAGACACAGCCUCGGCCAGCAUGCGCGUCCACCGCCUCGCCAUGGCAGCAUCGGCGCUGCGAUCCGGUCGCUGAGCGUUUAUCGUGCCGCAUCGAAGCAUGUCAGGCAAGGCGAACAAGACGUCAGAAGGAGCAGUCUCCAAAGUUAAAGUGAAACGGCAGAUCAAGACCAUCGUGGAGGAUCUAGAAACCAUCCUGGGGGACUUAAAGGAUGUGGCAAAAGAAAUUAAGGAGGUGGUGCAGGAGAUCGACACCCUGACCUCGGACCUGCAGCUGGAGGAGGACAUGACAGACAGCUCCAAGACGGACACACUCAACAGCAGCUCCAGCAGCACCACCACCACCAACACCACGGCCUCCAGCAUCGACAAGAUCAAGCUGCGACACGGCGACCUCUCCCCGAGGCCCGCCUCCAUUUACCCCACUGUCCUGACGGUGCUGAAGAAGCCACACCCCCCUCUGCCCCCACCACGCCUGACCCCCGUGAAAGUGGAGGACCACGGCCAGGGCCAGCUAUCAGGGAUCUCAGGCAAAGCUGCGGGGGCUCCCCUCCAGAACGGCAUCUUCCCAGGGAUACAGAUGAAUAGAGACUUGCAGUGUCACGUGCCCAAAAUCACGGAGAAGAAGUCCAGCGCGGGGGCGGAGCUCACGCCCCUGCUUCGGCACGAGAAAAGCAGGUGCCCCCAGGUCACGCGGGAGCGGGUUCGCUUCAGCGAGAAGGUCCAGUAUCACGGCUACUGUCCGGACUGCGACCUUCAGUACGACGUCCAAAAUGAGGACCUGUCUCUGGAGUGUGAACUGGCCGACACGCACCUGAGCCCCUCCCACACCUGCUCGGGCCGGACGCUGGAGAACGGGGGUCCUGGCGUCGCUCACGGUUACCCCCCCACAAAACCACCAUACGUGCCUCAUUCCAUCAACCCCAAACCACAGAAAACCAUUCUCCGGAAGACAACGACCACCACCGUUUAAUGUCAGCAGUGCCACAGCAGAUAUAUUCUCGUACUGAUAGAUUAGCUUUUUUUCAUUUAUUCUCCAAGAAAAAAGGGUGAAAGAAAGGGACAUAAGUCAUCAUCAGUAAUAAAAGAGCGAACGUGGGGAGACUUGGUCCUCCUGGUCCAUAGUGAAAGUGCCACUCACAGCCAGUAAGCGUUGGCCGGCCCUGUGCCCCGACACCGGCCCUCUGGGGUGGGGCAACCAGCGAACGAUUCACAGCCAGAGACGGCAAAGUCCAGGUCUGACAUGCAGAGCCCCAUCCACAGCCGAAGUAUGACAGCGUUUGGACUGUGGAGUGUAAGAUGACCCUGGAUGAAGUGUGGGACGAGCUCGCACGUCAAUCGGUUAACCGUCUUUAAAAGAUGCCUUCUGUCAGAGCUCGAGGGAGCCUGCGUCUCGCGUGUUCACCGAAAGACCGUGGAGAACACUCAGACAAACCAGAUUAUUACCACAAAAAAAGAACACAAGGUCUGUUAUUCAUUCACGGCUAACCUCCCAAGCACUGACUGCUUCUUAUCCUUUAAAAACUUGCUCGUAGGUCUCUGUCAAGUUCAAAUCUAUAUAGUGCAUUUCAUAGGCCUAUAAAUAUAAUUUUCCAUCCGAUCUGCUUGGCCCAGGACCACAGGUGAGAUGUAUCUUCCUGUGGAGUCGUCACUCUGCUCUGAGCUUGGCUCCCGACUUCCUGUUCUGAAACUGCGAACAGGAAGUGCUCCCUUUCCAAGGCGAGUCUUUCAGCGUUACGGCAUCACGCCUGGCAGCUCUGCCAGCUGCUUCCGUCCCGCUCGACCAGAAAGGUCGCGUUUGAGUCCGGUCAACUUUAAGUCUGUCUGGCUGUCUUUGUCACCCCCAGAUGGAGAACAGUCUUUCUGGGAGCAAAUCCCUGACUGGCCUCUCCAGGUAGAUCCUGGUAGCCAUUCUUACCCUCCUUGGCGUUUGUGACCCGCUGGCCACGUGGACGGGCGUCUGUUACCCUGAGCAACGGCAUAAUCACGCCCGGUCAGAUAAGAUAGGCCUGCCUGUGCACAAUCCGGCAAGGCACCGCUCCUGAUUUAUCUGCAAGAGCAGGCAUUAACAAAAUAGUUAAUAAAGCGAGACUUCACUUCCUGGUUAUUUGGGGAAAAAAAUCAGCUAAACGGUCAAAACCCCAUGUGUUGGUGGCACAGCCCCGGAAUAUUCCGGCUGUGCGCGUGGCGCUUUCUGCCUCGAGCGGCCAGGCUUCCCUCAUCUAUCUGCUGGCAGCACGGGUUAAGCACGGGUACAGUAGAAGCAGUCUGGAUUAGGCAGACUCCCGUCCAGCAGGCAUGCGGCCCAGCUCAGAGC